GUCCCACUUUUCGUAGUCUCGGUGAGGCUUUCGUCCUGAAGCCCAUCCUAGGCAGCAUUCCUGCGCGAUAUGCGGGGUAGGAGUUUGAUAGGAGAAAUCGCUGGCCACGUUACUUUGCGAGUCAGCAUUUGUACAGAAACAAAAGGCAAGGGCGACGGGCUGGAAUCGGCGGGGAAGAAUAACUAAACCAUGGACAAGGGACAUGCCCCUGGAACAGGGGUGCAGGUACGGAGUAGAAAGUGCCCAACACCACCAGGGAACCCAGAAAGGGGUCAGAAGGCAAAUUCACUGCACCCAAACUUGAGAGGUGGAAGGAUGAGAUCAGUGAUUGACAAUCCGUUCAUGCAGCCCCGUCCGAAGACCCCAUCCGUGCCAAACCUGCUUCGUGAUCCGCGACGCUCAUUGGGUGGCUCAGCUGAGUCAGCACUCAGGGCCCGAUGCAGUGAUUUUGACCUUCAGAGUCUCUCACCAAGAGUCAUCCAUCCAUCGGUGGAGAAGGAUAUUUGGACACUGGAGAGAAGAGUACGGCUUCGAAGUCCUCAAAAAUGGCAGGCGGCGAUCCAGUCGGCUUGGACACCCGACGCGACAUGUCUGUCAACUAUUCGGGCCGGUUCAUCACCCAGGGCAUCUCGCCGAGUCCCCCUCGCCCCACGACAUUGGGUUGCCAAGCGAUCAAGUGAUGGCCGGUGGAGCACUCCAAGACCCUACUCCUGUGUGUCCAGCGGCUGCUCAAGGUCAGGGCUUCUGUGGUCCCUCUGAUCGGGGGGCUGCCAUGACAAUCAUGCUGGCCAGAGUGGGUCGCAAGAGCGAUGACAUGGUGUAGUGUCUGCUGGCUCAGGCCCUUUCGGCACUUGCUGCUUUGCCCCCAACAUGAAUCUCACGUAG